AGCUCGGAAAAUGUCGGCUCGAGUGGCUGGCUACGCGGCGAUCGCCUUCUCCCUAUCCUCGCUAUUCCUCGUCUCCACAUUCGUACCAGCACUAUGGAAUAAGAUCAAUGACAUCACCGGAGAGCUUCACUACGAUAUGAACGAGUUCCGUGAUCUACACAACGAGGUUUGGGCAAAUAUGCGUGGCGAGACCUUUGGAGAGUCGGUUGUACCAUUCGCCAGAAAGAAGAGACAGACAACUCGCCCGGGAGAAUGCGUUUGCAACUCGAACAGCGCUUGCCCACCAGGAGAAGCCGGUCCACAAGGAAUCCCAGGACACGACGGUACCCCAGGACUCGCCGGAGACGCCGGAGCUCCAGGACUUCCAGGAAACUACCCAUCAAUCAAUAUGGAUGCUCAUCAACAAUGCCGUAUGUGCCCACCAGGAGCUCCAGGAUUCCCAGGACCAGCCGGGCCGCCAGGAGCUCCAGGAGACAAAGGAAACGACGGUGCUCCAGGGCUCCGCGGUCCAGACGGACACCCAGGUCAUCCAGGAAAUCCAGGAUAUGGUGGAGAGCCAGGAGCUCCAGGAAACAACGGAGAGCCGGGAGACAAGGGACGUGAUGGAUCUCACGGAACCAAGGGAGCACCAGGACCACAAGGACCUUCUGGACCCGUUGGACAGCCAGGAUUCCCAGGACAACCUGGAAAUGAUGGAAAUAGCGGAGUUCCAGGGAUCCAAGGAUCCUCUGGAGGCCCUGGAGAGGAUGGAGCUCCAGGAGCACCAGGAUUCGAUGGACAACAGGGACCGAGUGGAACACCUGGAGAGGAUGCCAACUACUGCAAGUGCCCACCAAGAAGCAAACUUUCCAGAUAAUUACUAUCGAAAUAAAGAUUUUUCAAUAAGAAAUUCAGAUUCUGCGUAAAAAACUGCGUUUUUCG